CUCCUCUAUCACUUCCUGGUGUUUUCAAACGGCUGCCGAGCGGUUUGUCAAACAAGUCCAAAGUUGUCGAGACGCGGGAGGAGGAUGAGCUCAGAGCCGGGGACACGGCAGCGGAGUGAAGUCUGGACCUGGUGUGAACCUCGCUUUACAAAAUGAUGAACAGACGGUAUGUCUUCGGCGGAUAACGGGAGGCAGUAGCUGCCAGAACACAGGACGGGCUAGCUGCUCCGCUAGCUGCUCCGCUAGCUGCUCCGCUAGCUGCUCCGCUAGCUGCUCCUAGCUGCUAGCACACCAGACGGCGGUUUGUUGCUAUUAGUUAGCAUCAGUUAGCAUCAGUUAGCAUCAGUUAGCAUCGAGUGUGUCAGUUUGAAACGAGCUAACGUCAAGUUGUGACUGCAGACGCGACUGAAAGGACUCUGAGGGUCCAGAAGAGCACACCAUCAUGGAGAACAAGGACAAAGUACAGAUGAGGAGUCACCCUCGCAGGAAGCUGAAGAAGCUGAGCGAGGACAGCCUCACCAAGCAGCCCGAGGAAGUGUUCGACGUCCUGGAGAAGCUCGGUGAAGGGUCAUAUGGCUGUGUUUUUAAAGCCCAUUAUAAAGAGACGGGGGAGAUCGUAGCCAUCAAACAAGUUCCUGUUGAGUCUGACCUUCAGGAAAUCAUCAAGGAGAUCUCCAUCAUGCAGCAGUGCAACAGUCCUCAUGUGGUGCAGUACUACGGCAGCUACUUCAAAAACAGUGACCUGUGGAUCGUUAUGGAAUAUUGUGGAGCCGGAUCAGUGUCUGAUAUCAUCCGAAUACGCAACAAGACGAUCACAGAGGAGGAGAUCGCAGCCAUCCUGCAGUCCACUCUGAAGGGUCUGGAGUAUCUUCACUUCAUGAGAAAGAUCCACAGAGACAUCAAAGCAGGAAACAUCCUGCUGAACACGGAGGGUCAGGCCAAACUGGCCGACUUCGGAGUUGCUGGACAGCUGACGGACACCAUGGCGAAGAGAAACACGGUGAUCGGCACGCCGUUCUGGAUGGCUCCUGAGGUCAUACAGGAGAUCGGCUACAACUGCGUGGCUGACAUCUGGUCUCUGGGGAUAACGGCCAUCGAGAUGUCGGAGGGGAAGCCGCCCUACGCCGACAUACAUCCCAUGAGGGCCAUCUUCAUGAUCCCCACCAACCCUCCGCCAACGUUCAGGAACCCAGAUCUGUGGUCUCCGGCAUUUCGAGACUUUGUCAGCCAGUGUUUGGUGAAAAACCCAGAAAAUAGAGCGACUGCCACACAGCUGUUACAGCAUCUUUUCAUCAAGUCAGCCAAGCCCAGCUCCAUCCUCAGAGCCCUGAUCACAGACGCCAUGGAGAUCAAACUGAAGAAGCAGGAGGAGGCGGAGCAGAGGGAGCUGGACGCCGAGGACGAAGACAACUCGGACGAGGACGAGGUGGAUCAGGGGACGAUGGUGCGGGCGGGAACCGGAGACUCAGGAACCAUCCGGGCCGCCGGAUCAUUGGGAGGUUCCCUCGGCGGCACGGCUCGGACCAUGAUCGCGCACGAGGACACGGGCACCAUGCAGUCGCAGCUGGGCACCAUGGUCAUCAACUCUGAUGAUGAGGACGAGGAAGAAGCCGGCACGAUGAAAAGGAGAGACGAGACGAUGCAGCCGGCCAAGCCGUCCUUCCUCGAGUACUUUGAGCAGAAAGAGAAAGAAGCCAACAGCCGCAACGACGGAGGAGGAAGAGGAGAACACAACGCAGACAACCGCAAACUGCCCGCUGAGGGAGACUUUGACGUGGUGAACUCGUGGACGGUGGAGGAGCUGCGGCUGCGUCUGGCGUCUCUGGACCCUCAGCUGGAGCAGGAGAUCGAGGAGAUCCGUCAGCGCUACCAGACCAAGAGGCAGCCCAUCCUCGACGCCAUCGAGGCCAAAAAGCGGCGGCAGCAGAGCUUCUGAGAAGAAGCCGCUGCCGCUCCGCCUGGAUCUUCUCUCCGCCGCAGCGUCCGCUGAGGUCCGUGCAACAUGACUCAUGAUGUGGAGACUUCUGAUCAUCAAACUGCUGAAGAAGAAGAACACACAGAACAUUAUUCUCAAGAGCUUUCGUGUUUCUGCAUUAUCUGUCUGAGAGAGUUGUUGAUUUCAGGCUCGUUACACGUGUGUCGUAAAGCUCAGUGAUGGUUAACGUCUCUUUCACUUUAGUUUUACUUCAUCGCGUGGUGCAGAGGAAUUGACCGGUUUGCUUGAGCUCGGUACUCGUCAGUGUUCCACUCCGGACUGUGAAAGUGGAUCUGUGGUGACGUCUGCUCUUCAAAAGCUUCCUGAUCUUUGAUAAAAGAAAACAAAGCAGAUGUUUGUGAUCAGAUGAGAUCUUCAAACUCGUGAUGAAAACUAAACUUCUUUAAUUCGGUACAUAUUCCUUUCUACAUGAAGCGUUCAAUAUAAACUCAUUGUUAAAGUAACCGCACAGAGGCUUCUCUUGGUUUCUGUUCCCUGAAAAGAAAGUGAUGGUUAAAGGGAUAGUUCUGAUGUUUUGAAGUGUGUGUGUGUGUGCGAGGUUCUUCUCCACACAGGAAGCUAAACAAUGUUCUGCUGUGGACACAUUUUAGCCACCAUCAAAGCUCCAUAUCAGUUUAAGUGUUCGCUGUGUGUAGAAUAUUGUCUCCCUAACUGAAGCUGUUGUCUGUGUUCUCCUCAAAGCCACCAGACUCCAUUGACAUAAACAUUAAUUGAACCUCUCAGAACACAGAGCUGCUGGUCCACCUCCGCCUCCAUCACCAGUCUGUUUGUGUUAUUGUGUGACUUUGAUGAAUCCGAUCCGACCCUUAAAAACAUGAUGAGAUGAGUGAUGGAGGCGGAGGUGGACCAGCAGCUCUGUGUUCUGAGAGGUUCAAUUAAUGUUUAUGUCAAUGGAGUCUGGUGGCUUUGAGGAGAGUCCACUGACUGGAUAAGAACUUCAUACAACCUCAAAUCAUCCAAACUAUCCUCCGUCCAGAAGCACGAGUCGGGGCUUCUUUAAUAUACUCUGGUAUAAAUAGAUAUAUUUUUGGUUGACUUGGUCAUUAGCUAAUGUUGCUUCAUUUAAAGGAGCCAAAAAACAUUUUGUAGAGCGACGCAGCUGAAUGUCUAAAAGGUUCAGUAUGAAAUUAAUAUUUUAAGGGGAUUUGACUUUGUUUAACCUCCAGAGUCCUCAGUGUUUAAUCUGUUUUUGUUUCUGUGUCAUCGUCUAGUUUUCCUCUGUAAGCUAAAAACAAAGCAGCGGGUCGACACAUUUAUGGAAUCGGUUCAACAAAGCUUUUAUUUCCUGGAUGUAUUGGUUCUGAUUUGGCACUGAACGAGAUUACCCCCAAGAGAAGUGUCAGGAAGUGGAGCUGAAGCUGCGGCUACAGCUCCACUUCCUCCAGCCACUCACUUUUCUACAUCAGCACAAGAACAUUUCUAUUUUUCUACGUAGUUUAGUUACAUGUUCAGGUCAUGAAGCUCCUCAGGGCUGUAAAAUAACCAGGCUGUAAAUAUUCAAGGCUGUUUUUUUUGUAUAUUUGCAUUUGAUGAGUUGAAGGUUUCAAUCCCCAAAAACGAGACGCUUUUCAUAAGUUCUAUUUAAAUAUGAAGCCGUGAACAGAUGAAAUGUGUUUUGGGGAGCAACUGUUACUGCAGAUACUUUCAGUUUGAAUGUGGAGGAUCUUCUCUUCUGCGUUACAAGCUAAACAAAAGGGAUUCGUCUUUCUGCCUUUAUUUUUGGACAUUCUGCUGUUUUGUUUCUGAAUACUUGUUUUGAGCUAUGAUCUAAUAUGUGAUGAUUUUGUGACGCCGUGUUCGUUCCGUUGUAGGUAUAAAAGAUAAAAACUGAGCCGGGACGGAGGUUAAUAUUCCGAUAACGUCGUACAUUUAACAAAAAGCUCAUAUUUUGUGAGUUUCUUCUCGUGCGUGUUCACCCUCUCGCUCGGAGCUUCUGAUUUGUUGUUGAGGGUUACCCCCCCGGCUCUGUGAUGGAUUUGUUUUUACCUACAAGGUUCUGAUGACGUCAGAUUUUGGUUGGAAUUGUUUUUAUAAUGCAGCGUGAUUGUUCUCUGUUGGAACAAGUGACGCAUCACAAAGUCGUAAUCACUGGAUAUUGAACAGUUUGAAAUGUUUUCUGUGAUCGUCUGAACGUUGUGUAAAACAAACGGCUGCAGGUGUUCGUUGGUUUGCAUGAAGUGAAAACAUCUGAAUAAAUUGUGUUUAGUUUCAGGUUCGUCACUUGUAGUCUCUUCAGGCUCUAAUUUAUUUAAUGAGAUGAUAAAAUGUCUAAAUCCUGCUGAAACGUGGAACCACUGUUUUAAUUUAUUCACUUUCUUAAUGCAGCGUCGUCUUCUAGUUCCAGAUGUUUUAUAAAACGUUUGGUUUAGUAACUCGAGUAGGAACAAACCUCGUUAAUAUAAAAUGUUUAAAUACAAACAUCCGCUUCCAUAUCAAACGUUAAACAAACGAGAAACAUAGAUUUGACAAACGCUUCCAGGCGUGAGGAUCAGCUGACGCUUUGUUUUGCACACUUCCUGUUUGACGCCUGAAAAAGUUUCUGAAGUUUUUAUUUUGCCUUAAAGUUUUGCAGUGGAAGUCAAAUGUUUGAGAUCUGAUAGUUUGUGUAUUUGUUUUUGUUUGAUGGUCUAAUAAAGAAAUGAAUAAAAACUACAGAAAGCU